AUGGCCACUCGCGAGACGACGACACUUCGACGAGAUUUUGACAUCGAUCCGAGCGAACCAUCUUCGUCUAGACGAAAGGAGGUUUUGGCACCCGAAAACGAGAACCCAAACAUCGAUUGCGCAACAGGAAACCUAUUGCUUGGUGAUCCCCUUGACGACAAAUCAAGCACCACAAAGCGUGAACUCCCCAUAGAAUGUCCAAACGAACCAGGGGAUCAUUUCAAUUGUGAAUUUCAGGAACACGAGUUCCCAUGGGUUCGGCUGCCAAACGAACUGCAAGUGAAAGUGCUGAAGAAUCUACAACGCCGAGAUCUACGCCGUUGUCGAUCAGUGAAUAAACAAAUGUCGGAAAUCAUUCGAAAUAACGAACGAUCAAUGAAACGAAGGCGAUUGGAUCUUGUCAGAAUUGAGCGGAUCGGACAAGGUAGAAUGCAACUGUCGAUGAGAUGUGACGAAGAGGCUGUGAAUCGCAAAUGGGUUGCAUGUCAAAAGAGACGAAAAAGGCAUCCAACAGAUUUAGCAAUGGAUAUCAAGAAGGCGUUCGUUAACUACUAUCACAUCGAUGUGACUGCGGCAGCACCCGUCGAUGCACUCGGUUUUCUCGGCCCACAUCCACUCAUCGCAUCCGAGCCAAACUCCUCUUCCGAAUUGCCGACAGCGAUCGUGGAUCGUUUGGCGGAAGUUGCCACAGGCAGUGAAAUCGAUCGACUGCGCAUCAACGAGAUGGAGCUCUCGGAUGCCGCUCUGCGACAAAUCGCCAAUUGCCUUCGCAGCACCGAAUGUCGUGUUCGUCUUCUUUCCUUCGAAUUGACCUCAUUCUCCUCGGUUACCCCCAACGAACUGCUACGGUUCGUUCUUGAUGUUGCCCCAACGGAUCUGGUGUUUCGAAUGGUUCGCGGAUGUACACAGGAACAUUUCGGCCGAGAAAUGUGUCGUUUCAUCGUUACGAGGCGAUUCUUCAGCGUUUCCGAACUCGUUGACGCUCAAAGCAAUGACGUUCCUCUCUCGAUAGAUGACGUUCUACUCAACGAGCUCUCUGCAUCCACAUUUCAAAUGGGGGCUUCGAAUGCGAUUACUGUAGAUGGAUUACGGUCACUUGUCAAGGCGUUUGCGAAUGGAACAAAAACGUUGGUGGCAGGCAGUAUCAAGACGAGUUUCCCUCUCAAGAGAAUUGCUUUCCCAUUUUCGGGAAAAGCAAAAGUACAAAUAGAAAACGAGAAGAUUAUCAAUAUUUCGUCGAUUGCAGCUACCUAA